UCUGAUUUGAUCGAUGGAACCUUGUUUCUACCUCACCAACAACCCCAUUUCUCUCUAAACACCGGAAUCUCUCUUGUACAAUGCUCCGACUUCAAUUAUGUGCACGCACGUUCGUCAGCUCCGGAGCCGGCGACUUCGUCGAUCAUCAAACAUUAUUCUCUACUCAGCUCCGAUGCUUAUCACCUUCAAUUUCGUAUUCAACUCCUUUAGUAAAGCAUUAUCGUCGCCGGCGCUCGAAAUCGGUCGUCAUAUCUUGUAAUUCCUCUCGUGGUAGAAGAUCUAAAGACUACGACUAUCAAGAUGGUGAUGAUUACUUGGAAGCUUCUGUUCUCAUGACAGAAACACUAAUGCACUAUCAGAUGCGCAUACAAGGAUAUCAAGAAGCAAUAAAUUGGAAACCUACUGCAAGGUUGUUUCCAAUAUCUGGUCAAGGAAAAGGUCUUAGAACCAACAUCCAUACAUUUGGACCAGAAUUUCUUAGCCAAUAUCAAAAUCCCACUAUCUUUCUUAAAAUAUCAUGUGAUUGUGAUGGAGAUUAUUUGCUACCAAUUAUCGUAGGGGAAUAUGCUGUUGAAAAGCUAAUAAGCUCCACACUGGAAGAUGAGGGGUUUCCAAAUCAUUUUCAGCUUGUGAAAAAUAUUGUUGGGAAACUUGGCUAUGAAGUAAAAAUGGUACAAAUUACAGAAAGAGUGGAUAGUAUAUAUUUUGCGAAUAUAUGUUUUCAUAAGCCAGGCACAGAAGAUAUUAGAGUUGAUGCUCGCCCUUCAGAUGCCAUAAAUGUAGCUAAAAGAUGCAGGGCACCGAUUUAUGUAAGCAAACAAAUUGUCUUGACUGAUGCUGUUAAGAUAGUCUACGGGGUGAACAAAUUGCGCGAUAAAAAACCGACAUACGACGUGUUUUUGGACAGUGCCAUAGAUGGUCCAGAUGUACUUGCUGAGGAGCUUGAUUUGGUUACAAAAAUGAAUCUUGCUGUUAAGGAUGAAAGAUACAGUGAUGCAGCCAUGUGGAGGGACAAACUUUUGAAGCUACGUUUGCCAAAAAAUGACCCAUAGGAUAUUUUGAGAAAUAUUCAUGGAAUUUGGUGGUGCUUGAAUGCAACUUCCAACCAUUUGAAGAUACAGAAAUGAAGAUGAGAUUACAGAUCAAAUCAUCGAAAUUCAAAACUAUAUGAAUGUAAAUAUUUUGAUAUGUACAGCUUUAAUGCCAUUAUUCAUGUGGAAAUUGAUGGUGUUUUCUUGUAAAUUAUUAUCGGCGGAUGGUAAUUUUAUUAAAAAAAAAAGUCUAAUGAUAUAUCUUUUAGAAUGUUGUGAAAUUAGAAAUGUAACAAUGAUUUUAGUUUUAUUAGUAAAGUAAAAUGCGUGGG